AUGACUCCUGACGACCGGAAAGUGAAUAUGAGCAUUUAUUCUACAUAUGAAAUUAUCUAUAUUGGACUCGAGCACAGAGAUGGAGAGGACUCAAGAGACGCAGCGGAACUUCUCAAAAUGUUGUCUUUCUUGUACCGAGAAAAUAUUGAGUUUAGUAUGUUAGUCGCAGCAGCUACCAAUCCCCCAAUAGAGAAGAAGCUACAGCAAGCUAGGUCAAAGGUGAUGUUAGUUGUACCCAAGAAACGUCCGAAAUGGAGACAAGUGCUCUGGGAAUGGGCAAUAGCAUCAAUGGAGCCCAUUAUGAGAGAUUGUGAGCCUCCAGUCCUACCUUCUGCGCUUGAAGAGGUUAAUACAGGGCAUCCAUUCGAUGAAGACUGGCUCAGGAAUGCUUUAGCAUUACUUUCGCAGCUUGGACUAACAAUGCAUAACCCAAUAUCCGAUAGCUAUUCGAUACAUCCAGUGGUGCAUAUUUGGGCGCGCGAAAGACCCAUGACGAGCACGUCAGAACAAGCUAUCUGGUCCCGGGCCACUACAAAUGUAUUGGCACGAUCCAUACUCAUUCAGCCGCCACCCGACAAACUGGAUCUCGAUGAAAAGCUACGGCGCAGUCUGCUACCGCACGUAAAACAUGUACGGGAUUAUCAGCAGAGGAUUUGCUCCCAAUUGGUUGAGAAUAUGGAAGCACGCAAGACGCGGAAACGAGCAGAGGAGCACCCCACUACGUUGAAGGUUAAGGAUACUUUGGCUUCAAUGUUAUCACGUCGAGGACAGUUCAAUGAAGCAAAGAAGAUGCUCGAAGAGGUCGUCGAAACCAUGACGCGCGUUUUGGGUCCUAAUCAUGAAGACACUUUAAUCGCAAGACACAACCUCGGAAAAGCACUAUCAAAUUUUUUCCUCCACGGCGAAGCAUUAACCGUGCAAACAGACGUCCACUCACGCAUGACAUACACUCUCGGCCCCCUGCAUCUAUCCACGCUCAAUGUACAAGAAAGCAUCGCCGUUGCAUAUCUCCAUCUCGGGCGCAGCAAAAACGAUUUACAGAAAGCACUCGACCUUAUAAUACUAUAA